AUGGCAGACGCAGGUGCAGGAUCAUCCGAUGGAAAAAUGGUGAAGAUCAAGCCGCAGGAUAAGUCGUUGGGAUUCGAUGGGAACAAUGUCGAGAGAUUCUUGUCUGACUAUCAGCUGGCGGCAAGGUUGGAUGGCGCAUCCGAUAGUGAUAUGGCCCAGCAAGUUCGGUUCUUUGUGCGCGGCGAGGAAGUUAAGGAUGUGCUCGAAACGUUGGACGGCUUUGAACCCCCAAACUGGGAACUGCUAAAGGCAGCAAUGCUGGCCCAUUGGGGAAAGGUGGAUAUCGCAAAGUUCACAACCCGAGAUUUAGAGUCGUUGGUGCAGGAGUGGAUUGACAAGGGAGGAGUGUCUUCGUUAGUCAAUUAUCAGGACUUUAGGAAAGGGUGGGAGCCCAUUCAGUCUUAUCUCCUCAGAAAGGCCCACAUUGACUCGUUGGAGGAAAUUCGAACAUUGUUUUAUCGCUCGUUUUCGACGGCAGUGCAAGAGAGGAUUCGGGAUCAGCUUAUCAAAGACAAGACGAUGAUCACGACGUUAGACAACCGCUUCAAACUUCCUACCUUUGACGUUCUAAAGAAGGCUGUAGACGAGGUUAUGAAGGGUCAGACCGCAUUGACUUUUGAGGAUUCUAGAUCUUCCAAUCCUGUCUCAACGUCGCUGUUUAAGCAGUCCAAUGACAUAAUGAAUAAGAUGGAGACGGAUCGGCGACCAAAGGAGGCUCCUGUUUCAGCAAAGGCACCGGCCACCAUCGAUGAAAUUUCGAAGAUGCUUCAGUCAUUUGAGCAAAGGCUUGAGAAGAAGUUUUCGGCAAGCGCUGCACCUCCUUCUUCUUCAGUACCGCCGGCACCACGAGGCCCAAUUGUUUGUUACUAUUGCCAUCGUGAGGGGCAUGGAAUUGCGCGCUGCUUUGAGCUUCAGAAGGAUAAGAGUGAGAAUUUGGUUGAUCAGCAGGGGAAUAAUUUUUUUCUUCCAAAUGGAGCUCUCAUUCCAUUCGAUUCGUCGCGCCCGAUCCGACAUGUAGUGGCCUCUUAUCAGGCUAAAACCUCAUCUAGUACGGCAACCACGGAGUUGAGGACGACCUGUGGCACACUAGAGCCGUGGUAUCCGCCUGCGAUUUCAUCUCAGUCUUUUUCGGGAGCCUAUCAAUCUGAUCCAGCUAGGAAGAGGCAUGAAGCCCCGAAACCGUAUAAGGCCCCUGUGACACCGCCGAUGGCAGCAAGACGACCCGCUUGGAAAGCCACAGUACCAAGCGCUGGUGUGGAAGCGGAGGACAUGGACGUUGAGGCGGAAUUGUUUGUUCACACACCAGCUGAAUUGGGAGCGGACUCGUCAGCGGAGGAACCACCAAGUCUAGCGGAACCAGAACCUGUACCAGCAUCAUUGCCACCCAAGUCGACGAGUGCACCUCCAAAGGUGAGAUUUGAGCGUGGAAUCACAAAGGAUCAUCCGAACGCUGUCGAUGGAGUUCUCAAGAAGAUUUCCGAUCUCACGGUCCCAGGCUUGUCAGUUUCUGAGCUCUUGGCAAUCUCACCAUCAGUAGCAGAGGGAAUGAAGAAAUGGGUGUCGAGGCGAAGGGUGGAAGUUGGUCCGGAGGAAUUGAAGGUGUCGUCAGGAACUCUAGCCGAAGGACCAGAGACAAACGGACAGCUUGGCGAUCUACGGCUUUACUCUUGUCCUUUGGGGUAUUUGCCCUGUCUGGUUGGGGAGGACGAGAGCACGGCGGCCCCAUUAGUCGAUUCGGGUUCACAACUCAAUUUGAUAUCCGAUGCUAUGGCUAACAAAUUUAACAUCAGUCCUCGAGUAAAUUUCAGUUCGGCUGUCUAUGGAAUAGGAAACCAGGCUUGUGACCAGGCUGGGGAGAGGAUCCUUCUUCCUGAUUCAACUGGUCGGAGAAUUGAGGUAUCUUUGUGUGCGACAGACUCGGGACGUUGGGAGCGUGAGUUUCCUGGAAAAGGGCGAAAGGCGGUUCUUACUCAUAAAGGGAAAGCUCGCCAGGACCCGGAUUCAGAUCGGCAUUUUUUAUAG